AUGAAGGUUCCUCGCCGGAGACUAUAUGCUUUGGGUUGCCGAAGGCCAUUCUCUAGCACCCCUCCGAGACGCAAGAUCAAGCAUCUUCUAGAGCUCCCAGAUCGGAUACAUCCCAGCUAUCACGAGACAAAGGGCAACGACCUCCUAUCUCUCCGGUGGCCCUCUCCGCCGAGAAAUAUACUGCUGGUGAAGAAAGAAAACACCUUGGCAACUACAGAAGCGGUCGUGGAUUUCGCCAAACAUGUUCACGCAACUUACCCCUCCAUAUCCUUCGUCCUCGAGCCCACAGCGGCCUACGACCUCCAUACCCUCCUUCCCUUCCCCCUAUACACAACACCACGGGAAGCCACCACUACCUCGAACAGCGUAAGCCUAUCUUCCUUUCUCGCCCAAAAGGUCGACUUGACCGCAACUUUCGGCGGCGAUGGCACUAUCCUCCAUGCCUCCUCCCUCUUCGCCACUACGCCCUCUGUCCCUCCUAUACUCUCCUUCAGCAUGGGCACUCUCGGCUUCCUCAACGAGUGGAAAUUUCCAGAGCAUAAGAGAGCUUUCAGAGAGCUUUAUAUGUCCGGUGCGCCCUCUUCUCGACAUUCCAUACUCUCUCCCGAACAGGACGCAUCCUCGCCUGCUGUCUCCCAACAUGCUGCUCAUACAAUUCAAUCGAAAGAAGGCUGGCCACCAAACCUAGGCGCCUCCCUGGGCCCAACCCGCGCAGCCCGCGUCCUCCUCCGCAACCGCCUCCGUGUCGCAAUAACAUCACCCGACAGAGAAGUCAUAACGCCUCCUGCCCUCCACGCCCUAAACGAAGUCAUCCUCCACCGUGGCGCCUCCCCACACCUAACACACCUUACAAUCUCCAUAUCUGGCCGCAUUUUGACGUCCACAUCAGCCGAUGGCCUCAUAAUUAGCACGCCUACAGGAUCAACUGCGUAUUCGCUAAGUGCGGGGGGAAGUAUCGUGCAUCCGUUAGUCAAAGGCAUAGUGAUAACGCCAAUAUGUGCGCGGAGUCUGAGUUUCAGACCACUAGUAUUACCGGCAGAGGCAGUCGUUGAAGUCACAGUCAGCGGCAGGGGAAAACAGGCUGUAGGCGUUAGUAUAGACGGAAAGGAUCAGGAAAAAGGGGUGGGAUCUGGCAUGGGAUUGAGAGUUUGGGGCGAGGGCGUAGGGAGGAAAGGGGAAUUGGGAGAGAAAGGGGAGGGCUGGAUGGGAGGUGUGCCAUGUGUGAUGAGAGGCAGUGGUAGCGGAGAGGGAGCGAGUGGGGAUGAAGGGUGGGUUGGGGGAUUGAACGGGUUGUUGAAAUUCAAUUACCCCUUUGGAGAAGAGGGAUGA